AAACUCAUAUUUCCCUUUUACCGGUGAAGACUGCUCAUACUGUAGCCGAAUUCGAGAGAGAAGAUGAGCGAGCCAAGGCCUGUGAAAAGGAGAGAAAGCCCAUGGGGAAUGCCGGAAGGAGAUGAUCGCCAACCUAAGGCUCACAGAUGCAAUGACAGAGCUGAGGAUGUCAUCCAAGCUUGUUUUGAAGGGAACCCAUUUAAGACUGUUCCAGGACCAUUCAAGCUGUUCUGGCAAUGCAUGCGUUCUAAACCUGGGGAGGAACCAACAGAGCCAUAUACAUAUUUGGACUUCGAUCCUCCAAAGAGAGAGGUGAAACUUGAGUUACCCAGUUAAAUGGUCUAUGGGAUCGGCAGUAAUAAUUUAUAUGAUGGAAUAGCUUCUUCCAUGAUGAAUAGUAACCUUAACAAGAAACUUGCUUUUUCUGACCUAACAAGUUUGCAAAUUUGUUAUUAGCUUGCAUCCAAUUAUUCAAUGUGAUGAAGGAAUUGCCACUCAUCUGCCUUGAUCUUAGAACUUUAAAUUUGAAGCCUAUUUUAUCUUAUCUUUUUUUUUUUCUUUUGCUCUGA